AUCUACUCAAUAUAGAUAUUUAUUUAGUGAUAUUGUUCUCAAUUCAAACCUUUCUUCCAACUCCUACAAUGGCUAAAAAUAUCAUAAGCUUGGUUCUUUUCCUAGUUGCUGUACUUAUAGCUUCAGCUCCAUCAGCCAAUUCCAUCAUCUGGGUUGGUUCUCUAAAUACCCAAGGAAUGUAUGUUACAGGGAACGUUACAUGCAGCUCCACCGGUAACCCUCCCGGACCGCCGGCUGACAGGGCAAAUGUCACAGUGACAUGCAUUGGUUAUUCGACAAUCUUCGGACAAGCAAUAACUGAUUCCACCGGUGGAUUUGCCAUUCCCGUCAUUUAUACCCCAUUGCUAACUAGCAUUUUGUCCAUAGUUUCACCCGGUCCCAUCCCAUGCUCGGUCGACGUUAAGCUUCCGGUCGAUGGAUGCUCGGCGCUGCCUUCCACUGGAACCCUAACGGCUCCUAUUCAGAUGUUGUCCUGUAUUACGUUUCUGGGUGGUAGAGUUUUAGGUGGCGUGGGAAUGCUUUAUAAUAGGGCCUCUUCAGGUGUUAUGAGUUUACUUUAAUUUCAUGAUCACCAGUAAUAUGCAGCUGAUCACGUCGCGGAAUAAUCUUGGGAUUUUAUAUUGUAUCAAUAAAUAAAUUUCUAUGUCUGACAACAGUCUGAUUCGUGUAAAUGAGACAGUUAUCUCAGCACGUAUGUAAUAUGUUAUCGUUAAGUCGCUAGCCUAUAAUGACAGCCUAGACGCGGACACGAUUUGAUAAUAAAGGUAUAC